CCUCCAGCACAGCCUUCUUCAAAAGUGUGGCAACAGCUGAUGAAUAUCAAGAAAUCCCUUUCCUGCAAAGGGGCAGAGUUUAUUGUAUUUGGAACCUGUGACAACUCAUAAUGGGGAGAAACUUCUAAGCGAGGAGAAACAGAACAGCAGGUCAUGAAAAUAUGGAGAACAAAUGGUUUUUGUCCAUGGUUCGGGAUGACUUUAAAGGUGGAAAAAUUAAUCUAGAAAAAACUCAGAAAUUACUUGAAAAAUUAGAUAUUCGGUGCAAUACUAUUCAUGUGAAAUGUAUUUUUAAGGAUAAUGACAGGCUGAAGCAAGGAAGAAUCACCAUAGAAGAAUUUAGAACAAUUUAUCGAAUUAUUGCACACAGAGAAGAAAUUAUUGAGAUUUUCAACGCCUAUUCCGAAAACCGGAAAAUUCUUUUUGAAAGGAAUCUGAUCGAUUUUUUGACCCAAGAGCAGUAUUCACUUGACAUUAAUAGAAGUAUUGUUUAUGAGAUCAUUCAAAAAUAUGAACCUAUUGAAGAAGUUAAGCAAGCGCACCAGAUGUCAUUUGAAGGUUUUACAAGAUACAUGGGUUCAUCUGAAUGUCUACUAUUUAAUAAUGAGUAUGGAAGUGUUUAUCAAGAUAUGACCCAUCCACUGAGUGAUUAUUUUAUUUCAAGUUCACAUAAUACAUACUUGAUAUCUGACCAAAUAAUGGGACCAAGUGACCUUUGGGGAUAUGUAAGUGCCCUUGUGAAAGGAUGCCGUUGUCUGGAAAUUGACUGCUGGGAUGGAUCGCAAAAUGAACCUGUUGUAUACCAUGGUUACACAUUAACCAGCAAGCUUCUGUUUAAAACUGUUAUCCAAGCAAUACACAAAUAUGCAUUCAUAACCUCUGACUACCCAGUGGUGCUCUCUUUAGAAAAUCACUGUUCCCCUUCCCAACAAGAAGUGAUGGCAGACAAUUUGCAGUCUGUUUUUGGAGAUGCCUUGCUUUCUGAUGUGCUUGAUGAUUGUCCAGACAGACUACCUUCACCAGAGGCAUUAAAAUUCAAAAUAUUAGUUAGAAACAAGAAAAUAGGAACCUUAAAGGAAACUCACGAAAGGAAAGGUUCUGAUAAGCAUGGUCAGGUACAGGAAUGUGAAGAAGAAGAGGAGGCAGAACAAGAGGAGGAAGAAAAUGAGGUCAGAGAUUCAGAAAUAUUGGAUAUUUUACAAGAUGAUUUGGAAAAGGAAGAGUUGAAACGGGGAGUUGGAAUUAAAUUUUUCAAGAAAAAGAAGGUAAAAAUAGCUACGGCCCUAUCUGAUCUUGUUAUUUAUACUAAAGUUGAGAAGUUCAGAAGUUUUCACUAUUCAAGGCUUUAUCAACAGUUUAAUGAAACUAACUCUAUUGGGGAAACACAAGCCCGAAAGCUUUCAAAGUUGAGAGCCAGUGAAUUUAUUCUUCACACUAGGAAGUUCAUUACCAGAAUAUAUCCCAAAGCGACAAGAGCAGACUCCUCUAAUUUUAAUCCUCAAGAAUUUUGGAAUAUAGGUUGUCAAAUGGUGGCCUUAAAUUUCCAGACCCCUGGUCUGCCUAUGGAUCUUCAAAAUGGGAAAUUUUUAGAAAAUGGUAACUCUGGAUAUAUUUUGAAACCACACUUCUUAAGAGAUGGUAAAUCAAUAUUUAAUCCAAACAAAGCACUAAUCAAAAGUAAUCCAAUUACACUUACCAUAAGGCUCAUCAGUGGUAUCCAGUUGCCUCCCAGUUAUCAUUCAUCAUCCAACAAAGCUGAUACAUUGGUGAUAAUAGAAAUUUUUGGUGUGCCAAAUGAUCAAAUGAAACAGCAGACUCGUGUAAUUAAGAAAAAUGCUUUUAGUCCAAGAUGGAAUGAAACAUUCACAUUCAUUAUUCAGGUGCCAGAAUUGGCAUUAAUACGUUUUGUUGUUGAAAAUCAAGGUUUGAUAACUGGAAAUGAAUUUCUUGGGCAAUAUACUUUACCAGUUCUAUGCAUGAACAAAGGUUACCGUCGUGUUCCUCUGUUUUCUAAAAUGGGUGAGAGUCUUGAACCUGCCUCCCUAUUUAUUUAUGUUUGGUACAUCAGAUAGCAGCUAAUAGUACCAGAAAUAUCAUUAGCUAUACAUUGCAAUAAA